UUUCAGUCCUUAUUGAGAAAGAAGACAAUUUUUGAAAAUGUCAUAUUCUGUGUCUCUCAAGCAGCCCUUCAGCGUUCUGCCUACCUACCAAAACACCCAUGGUAAAUUACCUGUAAAUUUUGAGGUGGCAUUUGGGUGCAAAGCAACCUUCAAUAUGAAGGGAACUCUAAUGGAAAAGAAAUUCGAAUUGAAUUGCUCAAUCGACAAAGAGAUGGAUCUCGCUGCAUCAACUUUGGUCGAUAGUGUUACUGAAUGCUUUGAUGAGAACGGGGUAGUGGAACUGCCUCCUCGAGUGGAGGCUAGGGAAGCAAAGGAGCCAAGUGUUUCAACAAUGUUGAUGAACUUCAGUAACGAGUUUGAUCCUUUCGGUGCCUUAAGUACCCCCUUGUAUCAAACGUCUACGUUUAAGCAACCUUCGGCAACUGAAAAUGGUCCAUAUGAUUAUACUCGGAGUGGAAAUCCAACAAGGGAUGUAUUGGAAAAGCUCCUUGCAGAGCUUGAGAAAGCAGAUCGAGCAUUUUGCUUUACUAGUGGAAUGGCCGCCUUGGCAGCUGUAACUCGUCUUCUUCAAACUGGUGAAGAGAUUGUUGCCGGGGAUGACAUAUAUGGUGGUUCUGACCGGCUGCUGUCACAAGUAGUUCCAAGAGCCGGGAUUCUGGUCAAGCGAGUUGAUACAACUAAUGUAGAUGAGGUUGCCUCUGCAAUUAAGCCACAGACAAAGCUUGUUUGGCUGGAGAGUCCAACCAAUCCCCGUCAACAAAUUUGUGAUAUUCGUAAAAUAGCCAAGAUAGCUCAUGCUCAUGGGGCUCUUGUGCUGGUAGAUAACAGCAUUAUGUCCCCAGUAUUGUCUCAUCCUUUGGAGCUCGGAGCAGAUAUUGUGAUGCAUUCAGCUACUAAGUUCAUUUCUGGUCAUAGUGAUCUCAUGGCUGGUGUACUUGCUGUCAGAGGAGAAAGCUUGGCAAAGGCGAUAUACUUCCUACAAAAUUCUGAAGGUGCAGGGUUAGCACCAUUUGAUUGUUGGCUUUGUUUAAGAGGGAUUAAAACAAUGGGUCUUCGCGUUGAAAAACAACAGGAAAAUGCACAGAAAAUUGCUGAAUUUUUAUCUUCCCAUCCACGGGUGAAGAAGGUCAACUAUGCAGGUCUUCCAGACCAUCCGGGGAGAUCCUUGCACUUUUCUCAGGCCAGGGGUGCAGGAUCGGUGUUAAGUUUUUUGACAGGUUCUUUGGCGCUGUCUAAGCAUGUGGCUGAAGCUACCAAAUACUUCAGCAUUACUGUCAGUUUCGGAAGUGUCAAGUCACUCAUAAGCUUGCCUUGCUUCAUGUCUCAUGCGAGCAUACCUGUUGAAGUACGAGAGGCUAGAGGUCUUACUGAGGAUCUUGUUCGAAUUUCUGUUGGGAUUGAAGAUGUCAAUGAUUUGAUAGAUGAUUUAGACUAUGCACUCAGGACUGGGCCAGCAUAAAAGAUUAAUUUAAGCUUGUGGAAUCAACCCAACCUUAAACUGUACUUUCAAUUGUAGUGCCUGUAGCAUCAAUUCUUCUCAUGGAUGAAUUGCAUAUUGCAGGUUAGUCAAAAUGUCUGAUUUCGCGCAAUCCUGCUACUCGUGUAAUCAAUUUUGUUCUCUUUGGAUUUUUCAAGUUUGAUCUUUUGGUAAAAAUUAAGAGUUGACAGCUAAAGGUGAUGAAUUAAUGGCAUGUUGCUAAUCCAGUUUGUUGUUUCUACACCUUUGGUUUGUAAUUUUGAGACUGGCAAAAUAAUCUAUACAUGUUUAACAAUU